CGUGUCAGGGUCGCGAACCAAAAGCUGGACCGAAGCGCACGUGUCACCCGCCCAACUCGCCAACCAUGCCAACCACCUAAAGCCCCCAAUACCUGGUUCGUCUAACCUUAAACCCAACCAAAACGACCCAAAUCUCCACCCUGGAAAACGACACUAAAAUGCGCCGUUUCAUACCUUCUCUCCUCAUCCACCGUCGUUCCCUUCACCACAUCCAAAAAGCCGGUCCUCUCUGCUCUCACUUAAAAUCCCGGUCGGUAAUCCGGUUCUCGGGACCCGAAACAAUCAAAUUCCUUCAGGGUCUUUUAACAAACGAUGUUCGGAGAUUCGGUGAACGCCCGCGUGAAGAUAACUCCCCCGUUCCUACGAAAAACGUGGCCUCUGUCGUAGUUCCUCCUAUGUAUGCAGCUCUUUUGACCCCUCAAGGAAGGUUUUUGUAUGAUUUGUUCUUGUAUAGGCCGCCUCGCCCCGACGAGAAGCUGGAUAGGACUGGGUCGGGUCCGGGUCGUGCGUCUGGUGGGUCGGAGGAGAUUCUGGCUGACGUCGAUGGUUCGAUCUUGGAUGAGUUGUUGGCGACUUUUAAGAAAUACCGGUUGAGGUCUAAGGUAGAAAUUGAGAAUGUGGAAGAAGACUUCUCUUGCUGGCAGAGGUAUGGUCAGAACCUGUUUGGAAAGACACCAGCUGUUGUAGAACCAGAGGCUGCUUCUGUUGGUUGGGGAAUUGGUGUUGAUGGUUGUGGCACAUCAGCUUCACAUGGCAAUGAUGUUGGAUGGCAAUGGUUUAAGGAUCCCAGAUUAAGUUGUCUAGGUUUUAGGGGGAUCUUUCCAUCUGGUACAACACCACCUUUAGUUGAGUCUGAUAAAGAAACAGAUGAAGAGAAUUAUCUUCUGUGGAGAUUAGAGAAGGGAGUUGCAGAGGGCUCAACUGAAAUUCCAAAAGAUUUGUCUGGUCUUUCUGUUGUGACUUUUUUGUUAUGUUGCUUAGGAGAGGCAAUUCCACUUGAAUACAAUUUCACAGGCCUAAAUGCAAUCAGCUUUGAUAAAGGGUGCUAUGUGGGGCAAGAACUUAUAGCUCGUACACACCACAGGGGGGUUAUUCGCAAGCGCUUGCUUCCUUUAAAGUUUCUUGACGAAAAUGGAAAAGAGGUGGAGGGAAAAGUUGCCCCUGGUUCAGAGGUGAUUAACACUGCCUCCAGUAAGAAGGCAGGGACAGUGAUCACUGCAUUCGGCUUUUGUGGAAUGGGUGUCUUGCGGCUGGAUGAAGCCUUCAAAGGUUUUGGCUCAUUGACACUACAAGGAGAGGAGGAUGUGAAGGUGGAGGCCAUUAGACCAGAUUGGUGGCCCACAGAAUGGUUUCAAGAACAUCAACAACAUAGUGCCGUUGCAUAGACUGCUUUGCAUGCGUUGAUAGUCCUCCGGAUGUUGGCCUGGCUUGGCACCCCACACGGUUAUAAGCAGUAGUACAACUUGUUUGAACUUUCUUCUGUAACUGCUAACUUGUUUACAUUUUUUUGUUCUCACUAAAGAAAAAAAGUAAUAAAAGGAUGGUGUUCUCCAAUGGAAACGUCAUAAGGCUUAAAUAGAUGCCUCGAGGAUUAAGUAUGUCGAGAAGCUUGGCUGGUGUUGGUUCCAAUCGUGGUACAUUGAUGCUCCAUAAUCAGUUCAUCAUAGUCCAGGAGAAAACUUGUUUUCUGGAGAGCGAAUAGGUUUCUAAACUAGAAAGGAAAGAGCUGCCACACUAUGGAAUCAGUUGAUUACUAUUGUUUAUCCGCUACUAUAUAAUACCUGCUGUGAGGAAAUAAAUGUGAAAUCAUCGUAUGUUGUUUCCGCGAUGUCCAUGACUUUCUUAAAAAUCGUCUGCCUCUAUAGAUCAUGGUUCAACACAGCUUCCCUACAUUCAUUUUGUUAUAAUGGGGAU